CGAGUUCCUCAGGCUCAUCGUCGUCCUUGCAUUCGCAUCAGCAGUUGCUUGGACAUGCAAUCUCUUCUUGACAUCUUUUAUUAAUCCCUCCACCAAGCCCUUUUGCGAUAGCAACGUAGACUUUCCGGAUUCAUUUUCCGUGUGAACCUGAAGUUCGAGAUGCGUCGCCCUCAUCUGAUUCUUUCUAGUAUAAGAAAGCAUUUCCCAUGCUAUGGUUUGAAUCUGAUUGUCGUCGGGUCGCAAACUUGGAUACCGGGAAAAUGGACACUGACACGAUGGGGAUUUGCAUUUGUUUGCAUAUGUAAUUUGGAGUAUCAAUGUCAAAUACACAUUGCACACGCACAUUCUCCUUUCUAUGAUUGUGAACCUUGUCCAAGUAAUGGAGCAUGUUACGAUGGCAAAUUGGAAUGUCUCCAGGGCUACCGAAAGCAUGGGAAGUUGUGUGUAGAAGAUGGAGAUAUUAAUAAAUCAGCUAAAAAAAUUUCGGACAGAGUAAAAUGUAGCCUAUGUGAAGAUUAUGCUCAGUAUUUGUGCUAUGGAGUCGGAUCAGUUUGGGUUCAAGAGGAUGAAAUAUGGAAACGUUUUGAUAAUUUUGAGCCAAUGGAAAAUGUUCUUCUGGAUAAUGCACUUUAUAAUUAUACGAAACAAAGGGCGAUUGAGACAAUGGCUAAGUUAGUGGAGAUGAGGACAAAUUCUCUUGGGAUGAAGGAGUUUAAAUGUCCAGACUUAUUGGUGGAGCAUUACAAGCCAUAUUCUUGUCGCAUUCAUCAGUGGGUCUCCCAGCACAUUCUAGCUGUAUUACCAAUUUGUGCCAUGCUUGUUGGAUGCACAUUCUUCAUCUGGAAAAUCUAUCUUAAACUAUGCAUGUCAAGAAGAGUUGAAGAGCUUUACAACCAGGUAUGUGAAAUACUCGAAGAGAAUGCAGUGAUGUCAAAGAAUGUUAAUGGUGAAUGUGAGCCUUGGAUUGUUGCCUCUAGACUACGAGAUCACCUACUUUUGCCAAGAGAGCGAAAGGACCCUUUGUUAUGGAAAAAGUUGGAAGAAUUGGUUCAAGAGGAUUCUCGAGUAGAUCGCUAUCCGAAGCUGGUGAAGGGCGAAUCCAAAGUGGUAUGGGAAUGGCAAGUUGAAGGCUCUCUAAGCUCUUCAAAGAUGAAGAGAAAAAUAGAUGCAAGCAAAAUGAAGGUCAGUGAAGGUGCAGAUCUAAGUUCCCAACAAUGUCCCAUUCCAAAGACUGAGGCUAAGGAACUACUUUUUUGACACAAGGUCUUCUUUGAAUAAUUACUCAAGUUUCAACUAUGCUGGCUGAAACAACUUGGAUAUCAGCCGAAGGCUAGUUCUACCUUGUUUGUAUAGAGAAAGGUGGGUAAGCUAUGCUCUCCGGUGAUUUCAUCCAUGUGCAAUCCUUAGUUUUCCCCCUUGUCAACUCCCUUGAUUGAUUUCUUCAAUGUUUUAUGGAUGCUAGGUUCAGAAUCUUGUUUUAUGUUUACAGCACCAAGGGGCAACAUAUGUGGCAAUCGUUUGCAUUUUUUUUUUCUUUUGACAUUUUUCAAUAUCGGUGCAUUUCAUUUGUUUUCUCAUCAUCGACCUUUAGUUUUAGUUCCUCUAAUUUCAGUAUUCUGAUCACAUUUGGUUGUCAUAUGGGCAUGCUAAACCCCUAUGACUUUGGGAAAAUUACAUAUAAGUCAAUGAACUUUGUUCAAUUGUUAAUAGACCUUAUCGUAAUUAAUUUUUUUGUAUAGAACUUCAACGUAAUUCUCUUUA